UCGGCCCAGUAACUUCUGUAGGCUGUAACGUUGCACAAAGAUUCUCAGCUCCCAUGGCCCUCCUGAGCCUGUUCUCUACAAAUUCCAAACUCGUGGUCUCGCAUUCACCUCUCGUCCCAACCGGAAACCAAAUCCUGCCCAGAGCCCGUGGAGUUGCCAUGGCGUCACCAAACGGGGGCAGCCGCGCCUCCGAAAUCCCGGAGUUCCUAGCGGGUUCCGGCGGCCGGCCGUUGCAGGCCGUAGGGGUCGGCACGUCGUCGUUCCCCUUCGUCGCGGAGGACGUCAGGGACGCCGUGCUCGCCGCGCUGGAGCUCGGCUACCGCCACCUCGAUACCGCUUCUCUCUACGGCUCCGAGCAGCUCGUCGGCGAGGCCUUUGCCGAGGCGGCGCGGCGCGGGGUCAUAGCGUCCCGCGCGGACGUGUUCGUGACGACCAAGGUGUGGUGCACGCAGUGCCACCCGGAUCUCGUGCUCCCCUCCCUCAAGGAAAGCUUGCAGAAACUUCAAAUGGAAUACGUUGAUCUGUACCUGGUCCACUGGCCGAUGAGCGUAAAGCCCAGCAAACCUCACGUCUCAAUGAAAAGAGAAGACAUUGUCCCAAUGGACUUGAGAGGCGUAUGGGAGGCAAUGGAGGAAUGCCAUCGCCUUGGUCUUGCUAAAAUGAUUGGUGUUAGCAAUUUCACAACAAAGAAAUUGAUGGAGCUACUUGCACUUGCAAAAAUCCCCCCAGCAGUGAAUCAGGUUGAGUUGAAUCCGGUUUGGCAGCAGAAAAAACUGAUUGAAUUCUGCAAAGAGAAAGGCAUACACGUGACUGCUUAUUCUCCCCUAGGAGGCCAAAGUAGGAUAUCUAAAAUCAAUGCAGUCCUACAGUCUGAAGUUCUGAAGGAGAUUGCUAAGGCUAGAGGAAAAUCAGUAGCUCAGAUCUCAUUAAGAUGGAUCUACGAGCAAGGAGCGAGCAUGGUGGCCAAGAGUAUGAAAAAGGAGAGGCUUAAGGAGAACAUCGAAAUCUUUGACUGGGAACUGACCGAGGAAGAUCGAUUCAAGAUUGCUCAGAUACCUCAGCACAAGAAGGUAACAGUGCUAGCGAUCCUCUCGCCCGAAGGCGUCCCGGGCGUAGAUCUUUCAGAGGUUGACGUUGUCGAGGAGUAG